CCUGUGUAGGACCUGUUCACGACCCACAGGAUCACCAUGGGGACAACCAAGGAUACACUGAUAUGGAGGCUGAUAUACCUGGCACUACUGAUCAGAUCAACACAAACAGUGAGCCCCACCACAAGUGUAACAAUCAUCCCGACUAUGAUCACAACGAUAUCCACACUUUCAGGAGUGAAUGCCUCACACAAUGACCAGGUCUGCAGCACAUGGGGUAACUACCACUUCAAGACCUUCGACGGGGACUUUUUCCAGCUCCCCUCCACCUGCAACCAUGUUGUGACCUCACUGUGUAAGAGCAGCUAUGAGGCUUUCAACAUCCAGAUGAGGCGGCAGGUGGUGGACAACCAGCCCACCAUUAGCAAGAUCACCAUGAAGCUGGAUGGUGUAGUGGUGGAGCUAUCCAAGGGUGUUGUUGUGGUCAAUGGGCAGACGGUGACCCUGCCAUUCAGCUUGUCUGGAGUCAGCAUCGUGAAGACUACAUCCAAUGUGAAGGUCGUAGCCAAACUGGGGCUGGUUGCUGUUUGGAACAAGGAUGACUCCCUAAUGAUUGAAAUGAACGAUAAGUACAGAAACCAGACCUGCGGACUGUGUGGUGACUUCAAUGAAGUCCAAACAUACAACGAGUUCAUCAUCAAUGGUGGGAAACUCUCUAGCUCUGACUAUGGAAACCUCUGGAAACUGGAUGGUCCUCUGGAAGUCUGUGAGGAGCCUACGCUAACUUCUGAGGAGAGUUGUGGAGAUGAGGAAUUUUGUAAGCAGCUGUUCUCCAGUGCAGCUUUCAGUAGCUGCACUAAUUAUUUGGACAAGGACGCCUUCGUCGAGACCUGCCUGGCUGACCUGUGCCACUGUGAUAACAGCACCAACUCCUUCUGCCUGUGCAACACCAUCUCAGAGUACUCCCGUCAGUGUGUUCAUGCAGGGGGGAAGCCCCAGCAAUGGAGGACUAAACAGUUCUGCUAUAAGACAUGCCCCUACAACAUGGAGUACCAGGAGUGUGGAAGCCCCUGUGUUGACACCUGCUCCAACCCAGAGGCCAGACAGUUGUGUGAAGACCACUGUACAGGCGGCUGCUUCUGUCCUCUAGGUACUGUUUUCGAUGAUGUCAACAACAGUGGCUGUAUUCCAGUGAGCGAAUGCCUCUGUGUCCACAAUGGACAAUUAUACAAAUCUGGAGAAUCUUACACCAGCAACUGUAAAGAAUGCACCUGUGCUGGUGGUCAGUGGGCCUGUACAGACAAGGACUGUCCUGGGACCUGCUCUGUGGAAGGAGGAUCCCACAUCAACACCUAUGAUGGGAAAGCCUACACCUUUCAUGGGGGCUGCUCUUACAUUCUGACCAAGCAAUGCAAUGGAACUGAAUUCACCGUGCUGGGAGACAUUGUGAAGUGUGGGUUGACUGACACUGAGACGUGCAUGAGGGCUGUUACCCUAUCCCUCUCCAGCAGAUCCACCGUGAUCCGAGUCCAGUCAUGUGGAAGUGUUUUUGUAAAUCAGAUUCUUUCUCAGCUCCCGCUCUAUACAGCUGAAGUGACAGUCUUCAAGCCCUCCUCAUUCUACAUUGUUAUCCAGACAACUCUUGGAGUUCAACUUCAGAUCCAGCUUUCACCAAUUAUGCAGAUCUACAUAACUACCAUCUCAUCCUACAAAGGAACAACCUGUGGCCUUUGCGGAAACUACAAUGAUGUUCAGGCAGAUGAGUUCAGAGUCAUCAGUGGAUUGGUGGAGGGCACAGCUGUAGCUUUUGCCAACACAUGGAAGACCAUGUCUAGCUGCCCUGAUGUCAAGACUAGCUUUGAAAACCCCUGCAGUUUGAGCAUUGAAAAUGAAAAAUAUGCCCAGCACUGGUGUUCCAUGUUAUCAGAUCCUAAAGGAGUGUUCUCCCCUUGCCAUUCUGAAAUAAGACCUGACACCUACAAAACCAACUGCAUGUAUGACAGCUGUAACUGCGAGAAGAGUGAGGACUGCAUGUGUGCUGCCGUCUCCUCUUAUGUCCACGCUUGUGCUGCCGAGGGUAUCCAGCUCAGCGGCUGGAGAGACACUAUCUGCAAUAAAUUCGCCACUUGUCCAAGUCAAACAGUUUAUACCUACAACAUGACCAGCUGUGGACGCACCUGCCGCUCCCUGAGCAUGACAGACCAAUCUUGCCAGGUGGAGUUUGUUCCGGUGGACGGCUGUGGCUGUGCAGAGGGCACCUACAUGGACGAGGCUGGCCAGUGUGUUGCCCCCACCAACUGUCCCUGCUAUGACAAGGGCUCAGUGGUCCCUGCAGGAGAGACUAUCAGCAGAGACGGUGCCACCUGCACUUGCAGACAAGGGACACUGAGUUGCACUGGGGGAGCAAGACUAUUUAGUACAUUUGAAACGACCCAAGAGGAUUCAAGGAAUUCAUUAUGCACACUGCCUAUGGUUUUCUUCAACUGCUCAACUGCACCUCCGGGAGCUUCAGGUUCAGAGUGUCAGAAGAGCUGCAAAACUCUGGACAUGACCUGUAUUAGCACAGAGUGCACAUCAGGUUGUAUGUGCCCCAACGGACUGGUCUCUGAUGGAAACGGAGACUGCAUCAAGGAGGAACUUUGUCCUUGUUCUCACAAUGGAAAUACUUACCAAUCUGGAAAGACCCUUAAGGUUGACUGCAAUACAUGUACUUGCAACGACAGACAAUGGCAGUGUACCACACAUCUUUGUGAUGGAGUUUGUGCAAUCUAUGGAGAGGGUCACUAUAUCACUUUUGAUGAGAAAAGGUUCAACUUUAAUGGAAACUGUGAAUACACUCUCAUUCAGGACUACUGUGGCAAUACUAACGGCAGUGGCAGCUUCAGGGUUCUCACAGAGAACGUUCCUUGUGGAACUAAAGGCACCACCUGCUCCAAGACCAUCAAGCUCUUCCUGGGGACCAGUGAACUCAUACUGGCAGAUGGAAACGCUCAAGUUGUCAGGAGUACUCCAGAAGAGCAGUUUCCUAAACAGAUCAGCCUUCUGGGGAAUUAUCUGGUCAUUGAAGUCAAAAGUGGUCUAAUCCUCAUGUGGGACAAGAAGACCAGUCUCUUUAUCAAACUUAGCCCACAAUACCAGGGGCUGGUGUGUGGUCUGUGUGGAAACUAUGAUGGCAACGCUAACAAUGACUUCACCACUAGAGCCCAAGCGACUGUUGUUGAUCCGGUGGAAUUUGGAAACAGCUGGAAAGUUUCAUCAAGCUGCCCAAGUGUAUCCGCUGUAGUGCACCCAUGUGCCUCCAACCCGUACAGAGCGUCUUGGGCCCAGAAACAGUGCAGCAUCAUUAACAGUGAUGUCUUCGCAGCUUGCCAGAACCAGGUGGACCCCUCUCCUUACUACGAUGCUUGUGUGAGAGACUCAUGUGCUUGUGACAGUGGUGGAGACUGUGAGUGCUUCUGUACAGCAGUGGCAGCUUAUGCAAAGGCCUGCAAUGAAGCUGGAGCAUGCGUAGCCUGGAGAACCCCUCGAAUUUGCCCACUGUUCUGUGAUUACUACAACCCUACUGGAGAAUGUGAGUGGCACUACAAGGCAUGUGGAGCUCAGUGUAUGAAGACCUGCAGGAAUCCCUCUGGAGACUGUUCUAGUUUAAUUCCAGCAUUGGAAGGCUGCUAUCCUAACUGUCCUGCGGCACAACCUUACUUCAAUGAGGAGACAAUGAAGUGUGUGGAGAGGGAACAAUGUGGUUGCUAUGACAAUGAAGGAAACCAGUACACCAAUGGACAGAAUCUUCCGGCACAAAAUUGUGAAACAUGCACCUGCACAAUGACUGGAGUGAGUUGUAGUUAUGAUGUAAAUGGUAAGGAUGACAUCACCAAAUAA